ACCCACCACCUCUCUCUGUGAAAUCAGCACCCACCAACAAUGGCCGUGGUCACCAUCAACCGCCCGGGCGCGCUCAACUCGCUCACGCGCCCCAUGAUGGUCGCGCUCGCAGACGCGUUUCGCCGCUUCGACGUCGUCGACACCGUGGCCGCCGUGGUCGUCGCCGGGCACGGCCGCGCCUUCUUCUCUGGCAUCGACCUCACCGCCGCCGAGGACGUCUUCAAGGGCGACAUCAAGGACCUCGCCGCCGACCCCGUCGCCGCCAUGGUCGCGUGCCGCAAACCCAUCGUCGUUGCCAUCGCCGGAUUCGCCGUCACCGCCGGGUUCGAGAUUGCCCUCGCCUGCGACCUGCUCGUCGCGGGCCGCGACGCCAAGUUCGCCGACCUCUACGCUGCCGAGGCCGUCGCUCCUCACCGACCCCAACUACCCGCGUCGCUCCUUGCCGACCCCUACGCUGUCGAGGUCGUCGCUCCUUGCCGACCCCUACGCUGCGAGGCCGCCCGCUCCUCGCCGACCUCUGCACCGCUCUGAGGCCGCCCGCUCCGAGGCCGCCUUCUUCCUCGUCCUGCUCCUUUCCUGCUUCACCCCCUCCGCACACCAGGUGAUCGAUUUAAGUCCGCAACGAGCAGUGCUUCUUUUUCGACAGCAGCCGCUGCAUCUCGCGCAUCGCCAGCGGAUCCUUGAUCCCCCACGACGAAGAUGAUACCACUUGGAUCGACGCCGAGUUCAGGGCCGGGGCCGAGCGGAAAGAAGCCACCGAGAACACCCUCGCCUGCGACUUGCUCGUCGCGGGCAACGACGCCAAGUUGGUCGACACCUCGCCGACCCCUGUGCUGCCAAAGCCGUCCGAUCCUCACCGACCCUGCGCUGCCGAAGUCGCCGCUUCCUCACCGAUCCUUGCGCCGAGGCUGCCCGCUUCCUCGCUGAUCCGUCCGCCGAAGCCGCUCGCUUCCUUGCUGACCCCUGCGCCGUCGAAGCCGCUCGCUUCCUUGCUGACCCCUGCGCCGCCGAAGCCGCUCGAUCCUCGCCGACCCCGACAACCCCCAACCUUCACCCAAAGUGGUGGAGCUCCUCAAGUCGCAGGGCAUAACGUAGGUGGAGCUGUACGAUGCAGACCUAAGCAUGCUCCGUGCCUUCGCGAGGUUCGGGAUCGGAGUGGUGGUGGCGCUCCUCAACGAGCUCUUUGCUGCAGCCGCGUCGCGCUCGGGCUAAGUGCUUGAGUGGGUGCAGGGCAAUAUGGUGGCGUACUACUCCGCGACUCAGAUCACGGCCACGGCCGUGGGCAACGAGGUGUUCGUGAGCCCGCUUAGCAACUUCACCGCGCUUCUGGUCUCGGCAAUGACCAACGUCCAUGCCGCGCUCGUAUGCCUCGACCUCGACAACGCCGUCGUCGACGGUGAUCAUCGUGUGUGAGGUGGUGCUAUUCGAGCACUUGCUGUGAAUGCUAUGGAAUGGCGACGAGUUAACCCCGACGCGUCACGCUCGCCAAUUGUUUGAUGAAAUGCCUAGGAUAUGGCUUUGACGGAGUUGGCGCCGACACAUCACGCCCAUCGGUUGUAUGAAAUGCCUAAGAUUUUUUUUAGAGAGUGAGCGGUGCUCUUCUCUUUAUAAAAAAUAUGGCAUCAUCGAAAGAGGGAAAGAGCGGUGCUCUAUUUUUGUAAAAAUGUUAUCAAAAGAGAGAGAUAUUACU